UAAUUUUGAUGGUUACUGUUUACUUUAGGCAUCGUUUGGAGACUGCAAUAUGUCUCUCCACAAACCCCAUUUGAGUACUGACUGACUAAAAUCAGCUCGCCGUUGGAGAGAGAGAAAGAGAGGAGAGAGAGAGAAACAGGGGCCCAUGGUUGGGAGCAGACUUGUAUCAUCAUUUCUCAGGAGGAGCAAAGCCCUAAAUAGUAGCAUAUCCUGCAAUGUAAGGGGAUCAUCAACUAGGGUUUUCAAUGAACCAUCUCUAAACCCUUGCAUAUUCUACUCUGUUUAUGUUGGUGCUCGUAAUACAACUAAUUCUGUUACGGCAAGGAACUUCAUUUUCUAUGGCUUCAGAUCCAUUGUUUAUCAUCAUCAUCAUAAGGAAUUUUCUAUUCCAUCUUUUAGGAAUAUGUGUACCACGGCAACUACCAAUAUGAUAAAUAAGGAGGGUUUAAAGCUUCUGGUUACUGCUGGGCCCCAUGCACAGAAAGCUGUUGGAAUAUGGCUUUUUGCUUCAGCUGCCUGGGUGUUUAGUAUGGUGGUGCUUGGGGGUGUCACACGACUUACUCGAUCUGGUCUUUCGAUGACUGACUGGAAAUUCACCGGUAACCUUCCUCCUCUAUCAGAUGAUGACUGGUUGAUUGAAUUUGAGAAAUAUAAGCAAUCCCCUGAGUACAAGCGUGUAAACAAAGGGAUGAGCAUUGAAGAUUUCAAGUUCAUUUAUUGGAUGGAAUAUGCACAUCGAAUGUGGGGAAGAGGACUAGGUAUCAUGUUUGCACUGCCAUUUUCAUAUUUUCUUCGUAAGGGAUACAUUACUCUGCGACUUGGAAUGAGACUCUCUGUUCUCUUUGCCCUUGGUGCUGGACAGGGACUAAUCGGUUGGUGGAUGGUUAAAAGUGGUUUAGAGGAGCCACCAUCUGAAUAUUCUCAACCUAGAGUAAGCCCUUACCGCCUAGCAGCUCAUCUUACGUCAGCUUUUGUUAUUUACUGUGGCCUGUUUUGGACUGCUCUAUCUGUUGUUAUGCCUGAACCACCUGCUGAAUCAGUUGCUUGGGUUCGUGGGGCAGCAAAAAUUAAGAAACUUGCCCUUCCUCUAAGCAUCCUCGUUGGCAUCACUGCUGUAUCAGGAGCAUUUGUUGCAGGGAAUGAUGCCGGACAUGCUUUUAAUACUUUCCCGAAGAUGGGUGAUACAUGGAUUCCAGAUGAUAUUUUUAGCAUGAAGCCACUUGUCCGCAACUUCUUUGAGAAUACAUCAACGGUUCAGCUUGACCAUCGUAUCCUUGCGACUGCAACCUUAGUUUCAAUUGGCAGUUUUUGGUGGUGCACGAGAAACCUGGACAUUCAUCCGGCCAUACGAUCUUUAAUCGGAAGCACCAUGGGCAUGGCUGCUCUUCAGGUGACUUUGGGGAUAUCAACCCUUCUAUCUUAUGUACCUGUUUCGUUAGGCACUGCUCAUCAGGCUGGAGCUUUAACUCUUUUGACACUUAUGAUACUGCUCAAUCACACUGUGCGAAAGCCUUCAUUGUCGCUUCUAAAAACUCUGCCUAAGGUUGCAAAGUCGACCUGAUAAUUUCAGCUUAGGGAUUUGUAUCAAGGAUUAGGCUUCAUAUAAUUAUUCAUCAAGGUCGACUAUUCAUCAGUUACCCAUUGUGAAGGUCAGUGGACAUUUUAUCAGUUGCCCAUUGUGAAGGUCAGAGUCCACUUUGCCAUAUCAUACAGAAAUACAUUCUUAUUUGGAUCUCUUAACUGAAUACAUGCUCCAGACUUAGGAGCCCUGAAUAUUUGUCAGGUGAAGAAAAAUAGUUUCAAAGGUUUCUAUAUUUGGUCAGUGCUGGUCCGCCUACAGUGUGACAAAAACGUUAAAAUUUUGAUCAUAUUAUAUAAAGUGAUUGCUUUGAUACUCGAAUCAACUUUUAUCAUUGCAUCAAGUAUUGAUACGAUUAGAAACUAUUUUUCCUUUUUUUCUUCUUUUGGCUGAAUAUGGCAAUUGGGACAACAUUUUAGAUAUGUUUAUGCAAAAUAAAAUGAAGUUUUCCUUUUCAUUGA